AUGCUGAGACUCCCCAAAGCUGGGCCUUCCGCCCCCGGCCGAGGGGCGCCUUCCCUCGUCCCCCCCCAGUCACAAAAGAAAAGCAUGUCUGUCGGCAGCUCCGCAGAGCUGGUGGUCGCCGACCUCGCAGGCCCUCCGGUGCGGGCUCUCCCCGCAGCCUAUUUCGCUCAGGUGUAUCCCCAAACGGCGGUGGUCGCUCCGUUACCUCGAGGCGGUUGCCUUUAUGCCACCCCUCAUGGACCUGAGAUCAAAACCAUGCGAUCGGCCUCCACGGGAAAACUGCCGGCCAAGAGAAAACUGGAUCUUGAAGGAACCGCUCAGCAGCGCAUCCCAGAAUUCCGAACACCGAAAGGCAAAGGAACUGCGCUCCCACAUAUCCCUAGUCCAAAAACCCCCAAAUCUCCUGGAGAGAAGACCCGCUACGACACGUCUCUUGGCUUGCUGACCAAGAAGUUUAUCCACUUGCUCAGUGAAUCGGAAGACGGGGUUCUGGACUUGAACCGGGCUGCUGAGGUGCUGGAGGUGCAAAAAAGACGCAUCUAUGAUAUCACCAACGUCCUGGAAGGGAUUCAGCUCAUUCGCAAGAAAUCCAAGAACAAUAUCCAGUGGAUGGGAACGGGCCUUUUUGAAGAUUCUUCCGUGGCCACAAAACAACACGUCUUGCGACAAGAACUGGCCGAGCUUUCCAAGAACGAGAAGGUUUUGGACAAGCUGAUCCAGGAGUCCUCUCUGCAGCUAAAGCAUCUGACCGAAGAUGAGCCCAACCAAAGGUCAGCCUAUGUCACCUAUCAGGAUAUCCGAGCCAUCAGCAAUUUUAAUGAGCAGACGGUGAUUGUGGUGAGAGCGCCCCCUGAAACUCGUCUUGAGGUGCCUGAUGUUUGUGAGGAGAAUGUCCAGCUCCACCUAAGGAGUACCAAUGGCCCCAUUGAAGUCUACCUGUGCCCAGAAGAAAUUCUGGAAGAGAGUCCUGCCAAGGAGAGCUGUUUUCCUCUUUCAGCACACCAGGAGGUUACUAAACCCACAACGGCGAAAGUGGAAUUGGUGAAGAUGGAGCUGCCCAACUGCCUGAUGGAGGGAGAGGAUGGACUCCUGGAGCCCCCUCAGCACCUCCUGCAGCAGACAGAGGACCAGCUUCCUUCUGCAGCCUACGGCGACCCAGGCCCCUUUGUCAGUUUUUCCCCUUCCCUUGACCAAGAGGAUUAUCUAUGGGGAUUGGAGGAGGGUGAGGGUGUAAGUGACUUGUUUGAUGCCUAUGACUUGGGGGACUUGCUGAAAAAUUGA